UAAGUACGGCCUAGGACCGGGGGUUCAUUUUCACUCCACGCAUACCACGUGCAACGCCAUUAGAAUUCAGUGGUGGCGCCCUUCCCAUCGACCAUGUCGGCCGCAUUCGCGUAUGCGUGAACGAUCUUGCGAAAUCCUACAAUUUCACCUUGUAAAUUCCCACUAAAUACAGGUUUAAUCCACCCAAAUUUUCUUGGUUUCUCGUUUUGGAACGGAGCACCAUGCCAGGCCUUCUGGAUCGGCCCAAACUCACACAGGCAAUGGCUGCCGCACUGCGACAUCACAUACUCAAAGAGCGGGAACGUAAACGGCAAGAGGAGGAAGAAGCAGAUAAAGCCAUUGAGAGGAAGAGAGAGGAGGCGGAGCGUCUGAGAAAGAAGGCGGAGGCGGAAUCAUUAUCCCUGGAAGAGACCAAGGAUCAGAUUAAAUCAAUGGAAGAGAAAUUGAAGUCUCUUCAAACGGACAAACAUGAGCUGUUCUUGCAACUGAAGAAGGUUCUGAAUGAGGGUGAUAACCGCCGACGUCAACAAAUGAAGGAGAAGAGUGACUUGAUGGUUGCUAUGGGUCAUCACCAGUAUCACCCUGCGAUGCACAUGCCAGGACCACACAUGAUCGUUCAGGGUGCCCAUAUGCAAGGCAGGCCUGCCAUGUUGGACAAGGGACAUGUGUACCGAACAGCAGCGCAACAACCUACGCAGGGUGUCCACGGUGUGAAGAGAAAUCGUAGCCCGUCUCCGCCAGUGGUUGAACUGUACCCUCAGCAUCCAGUGCAGCAAGGGCCGUAUGCCCAGGGGCCGUACGGACAGAGCCAGGCCUCUCAUGGCUCAUACAGGCAAGGCCAUCAGCCUUACAGCACCUCACAAGCCAACUCCAGCUAUGUCAACCAAUCGGCGACCGGCUAUCCACCUGGCCAGCAGGCAGUGCAUGCUGGGUAUGGAGCGGGUAGCCAAUCAAGUGCCAGCAAAUACCGAGGGGAGUCAGCGUUCAGCUCCUACCCGAAUCACUUCGUGCCUCAGCAGACCCCACAGGCUUACCAGGCUCAGCCCCAUCGUUAUAUCCACGGUGGCCAGUCAGCCUCUGCAGCCAGCAUAGCAGUGCACCAGCAACAGACAGUGGACCAGUCUGUCAAGCAAGGUCCGUAUGCUGAUGAGCAGGGCCACUACCAACACAAACUACAGGGCCAGCAUGUGAGACAGAUUGCCGGUGCCCAUCCACAGGCGCUUCAUGCCCAGCAGGCGCUCCUACAACCGCAGGUGCAGUCGCAGGUGCACCUACAGCAGCAGCAAGGAAAGCCGAGUAUGCCAUCUUCCUACACACCCAGACGGAAGCCUGAAUCACCCAUAUACCAACACAAGAAACCUAACCAGCAACAUCAGCAAACACAACCACAGCCACAUGGGACGAGUUACCAGUCCCCCCAGCAGGCUCAGAGGCACGGUAGCUACCCAACUUCACAGAGUCAACAUCAACAGGGCAGCAAUAGAUUCUACUGAGUAAAGGGAUUAGCCAUAGACCAGCAGGGGCGGAGUUAGUGUAUUAAGGGGGUUGAUAAUGGACCGAAUUGCUGAAUGUUGAUAGACUGUUUCGUUAUGCCUUGCCACUGUGCAUGUGAGCAACAAUACGUGCAGUAGAGGCAAUGUAGGCAAUUGUAGUAAAGUGUCUUGCCCAAGAACACAAGCACCAUGUUCCCUAUUAUGGUUGAACCCACAUACUAUCGCACAUUGGUUGGAUGUCGUAACUGUGCAUGUGGGCAGCAAUACAUGCAGUUGAGGCAAUGUAGGCAAUUGUAGUAAAGUGUCUUGCCCAAGAACACAAGCACCAUGUUCCCUAUUAUGAUUCGAACCCACAUACAUCGCACAUUGGUUGGACGUCGUAACUGUGCAUGUGGGCAGCAAUACGUGCAGCAGAGGCAAUGUAGGCAAUUGUAGUAAAGUGUCUUGCCCAAGAACACAAGCAACAUGUUCCCUAUUAUGAUUCGAACCCACAUACAUCGCACAUUGGUUGGACGUCGUAACUGCAUGUGGGCAGCAAUACAUGCAGUUGAGGAAAUGUAGGCAAUUGUAGGAAAAUGUCUUGCCCAAGAACACAAAUAACAUGUUCCCUAUUAUGGUCGAACCCACAUACGAUCGCACAUUGGUUGGACGUCGUAACUGCAUGUGGGCAGCAAUACAUGCAGUUGAGGCAAUGCAGGCAAUUGUAGGAAAAUGUCUUGCCCAAGAACACAAGCACCAUGUUCCCUGUUAUGGUCGAACCCACAUACAUCGCCCAUUGGUUGGACGUCGUAACUGCAUGUGGGCAGAAAUACAUGUAGUUGAGGCAAUGCAGGCAAUUGUAGGAAAAUGUCUUGCCCAAAAACACAAAUAACAUGUUCCCUAUUAUGGUCGAACCCACGUACAUCGCACAUUGGUUGACGUCGUAACUGUGCAUGUGGGCAGCAAUACAUGCAGUCGAGGCAAUUAAGCAAUUGUAGGAAAAUGUCUUGCCCAAGAACACAAGCACAAUGUUCUCUAUUGUGGUUCGAACCCAUAUUAUGGGUGUACAUGUACUACAUACACCCCGAGGACAGACAGACGAAGGGAAGAUAACAGAUUCUUUGUUGCCCUCAAUGUUUAGUGUUGCAACCCACAAUUAGCGUAAUGGCUUUGUAAUGCUGUGAAUAUAAAUGCCAUAAAUGUGUUUUAUUUUGCAAAGAUUGUUGUGCAUGUUUGGUAAGAAAAUACUGGACUACAUAUACAUGUAGAUGUAAUGAUUUUUCAAUAAAAUGGCUGCAUUUGUGUUCAUGGUCUUGAUAUGUAACUCACACAUUUGAAACAUUCAGAACUCUCAAAAUGUUUAUUAUAACGUUGCUUGAGCUAACAAAGAAGAUGCUUGACAAAAACAUACUUUCAUAAGUCAUACAUAUAUACGUGUAACUAUACAUUAUAUCAAGAGUUUUUAAAGAUCAAGUUUCGGACGAAGAUCUCUACAUUUUAAGUAGCAUUUUGUUGUACAUAAUAAGCAUAUUUACCACAUUUUGUUAUCUACAAUUAACCACUCACUUUGAAAUAUACCAGAAUAUCUCAAUGUUUGUAAGAAAACAAGUAACCAGUUUGUUUAUAUUAUUCUUGAAAUAAAGAACUGUCAUGUUAAUGCCAGAGUUUUUCUUGUAA